AUGUUGAACGUCCGCGUAACUCAGUUUGCGUUACCCGACACAUUUACAGUGCUCAACAUAGACUAAGAGCUACACACCAACCUAUUAGGGCCUGUAUUCCAUUCAAUGGCCGUCUAGGUCAAUGUUAGCACUGUACCAGCUAGGGGGCCUGUACAUGUAGCAGGUCCAUUAGCAAUGGACUUCAGUCCGCCAAUUCUUGUUCUUUGGUCCCUAACUUUGCUGCGCAGUUAUGGAUAUUCUAUGAGCGCAAUCAAACGUAUGUCGUCGUAUAGGAUGACAGUACUGUCAUAGAAUGUAUAUAGAUCACUCUCGUCCCAGAUCACCUAGCAGUCUAGCUUAUCAGGAGUUUGGCCCUUAAAGAUCAGCUUGUUAGAGUCUUUCCAGAUCGCCACUUUCCAACUUGUGUACAUAUCUUGGCCUUAUUUCUUUCCCUCGAUUGUUCUUGAAUUCCUAUUCAAGCAACAUUCAAGCAACAUCCAAGCAACAUCCCCCCUAUUUGCGCCGUUUACCAGUGCAACCAAAUUUAGAAUAUUUAUGACAGACCCCUAGUCUACAGCAAUAACAGCACACCCAAGUACUUUACACGGUACAUCUCCCCAGCGCACACUCAAAUAGCCUUCGAACUAACAAAUGCCCAAAGUGGUGAGAAACUCACCCUUAUCUGGCCAUGACUUCGGAACCAGAGUCAGCUCGGCGCCCAUGAAUGGAACAAAGGAGAGACGCAGACCGGUCCCUGUUCGGGCGCCAUUUUGUAGUGUCGAGUCAAUGUUGCCAAUUAUUGCUGCUAAACAAAGGAGUCCGCCCAUACUGAACUUUGAUCAUAAGUUUUAUUCAUAUCACAAGAUUUCAGCAUAAGUUUACGGAUGUCAUGAUCACCCGGAGAGCAGUGUCCUCCAAAUUACAAUGUCUGCUCUGCCGUUUUUUGUCUCUAGCCUAUACUUAUAAGAUAUACAAAAAUAUGGGUGGCUCCCUCUACUGUCCAAUCACCUGUCUCCAACGAACAGGGGUGUCACUACAAAAUGGCUCCCUCUACUAAAUAAACAACCUCUCAGGUUCCACUUAAAACCUUAUCCAAGUCAUAAUUCUUCAUAUACUACAAUCCAUCCCUGCAGGCUGCUCCCAACCAACCCACAGGUCCAGCAGGCACCCCCAGACCCCAUCCCACCCCCAAACCCAGUCCUCUGCCCCCCAAACCAGACCACACCCAACUGGAGCUCCAGCUCAGCAAGUUCUGGCAGCGGCGCCCGGCGGAACUCGGAACACUGCAAGCCCCCAGACCUCCUGCGGGUGAAGAGCACCUUCAUGUCCCUUUCCACCCCAGCUCUGACUGUGUGACGCCUGCCAGCCACCAAAGCCUUCCUCCCCCCACCCCGACCAGGCCCAACCCUUCUGCUACUCCCUGUGGCCCAUCCAGUUUCGCCUGGCCCAGCCCGGCACCAGCCGCCCUGUGUGGACAGACAAACAGGAGAAGGAAGGGGGGCAGCGUGGAGAGGGGGGCCAGGAGCUAGGUGAAGACGCACAGAGCUCAGUCCAGGAAGAGAGAGAGGAGAAAGAGCACACGGAGGAGCUGUGAUAUACUCACACUGAGACACUCAUUUUGGUUAGUGGGCAGCAAUAUGCAUUGCCGAGGUUGGAACCUCUCCAUGAAAGGAAUCCCGCUUAGCUUUUCAUUACAGAAAAGCCCUAGAUCAUGUAUGAAAAUGAUAAAAUAUGUUUAUCCCCUGAACAAAACAGAUGAUUCUGUCUUUGAUGCUUUGCAUUUUGAGGUGGCUUCAAUAAUGCAAUUGCACAACAGUAUGACAACUGGUCCUAGCACACCUAUCCAACACUGUUCUAAUCUGUACCAACAACAACAACAACAACAAAUGCAGCACAAUACACACACAACCAUGUUGAAGCUGUGGCUUGUUUUUAUGACUGCUUUGUCUCUCAUGUAAACAGGAGGAUUCUUUCAACAACAGUCAACACUGUCUCUUGUUUCUCAAUUGCUUUAUCUGCAUAAUUCUAAAAGGGAAGCUGACAGGCUUCAGAAGAAGUUAAGUUUCCUUUGUGACACCGUCAAAGUGAAAAGACCACUGAGGAAGUUGCGUGGCUCUCUGCGUGCAAACUGACAGGAAGGAAGAACGAGUGCACUGUGACACUGCUCACAGUUUUUUGCUUCUUGACUCAACUCAUCUCAGGAACUGUGGCACAUUUUUCUUGGUAUUUCAGGGAUAGUGAUAUUGUGUUUAAGAAAAAAGGGGGACUGAGAAGUUAAGCGACAUAGCCCGUCCUUCCCUCCGCACCAGGCUUGUCCUCUUUUCCUCUCUAUCCCCCUCCCUCUCUCUACAUAUCCCCCCUGUCUGGUCUAGUGCGGUGCAGAAGCUGUGGGGAUGGGUGCAGACGGAGGCAGAUGGUACAGUAGAGUUAGUGUGAGGAUUAGGGACUGAGGGUGAAGGAAGGAGUUUUCUGUCUGUCUGGACUGGACUAGGCUACAAGAGGAGAGGAGAGGGCUACCUGGUCAUGGGAUGCUGUAGUGUGACUCAGAGAGGAGCGCAUUCUGGGAUUGACGAUGUGGGCCCUGACGAGAUCGAGCUUCUGGAGAUUGACAACUCAGGGUGAGUCUUUGUUUGUUGAUAGUUUGAUGUAUAACAGAAGACCAUGAACUCUAUCAAUCCCUCAUGGGAGCGAUCUGUUUAAGUUCGAUAGCCAUUCGGCCUUUCACAACCUCACAAUCCCAUUUGAAUUUGAUUCGGAAACAUGACUGUGGCAAUUUUUUAUAUAUUGAUGACACAUGACAGCAUUUAAGACUAACAAGCAAAUUCUCUGAUAUCUCUGUUGAAAAUACUGAGCCUCUUGGCUUUGGAGGAAAGUUUGAAUUAAUACUAUUAAACAGUACCUAUUGUUGGGUUUUGGCUGAUUAAAGGUCAUAAGAAGAUGCAUUGAGAGGAAGUGGUGAACAUUGGGGUGAUGGGUGAAAAAAAUAGUGCUUCAACCACUGUGGCUUCCACUGACCUUUUCAAACAAACGAGUUUCAAAUUAUGUGAGAGAGAUCACUAUGGUAAACUGUCAGGGUUUAUAUUCAAGUCCCUUCGUCUGUGUUUCUGCAGAGUUAUGUAGUUGCCAGCACCAGUCAAUCAGAAUAACUAUAUAGCCUAAGGGCAAUACCACAAUCUUAUAUUGCUUCAGUUUUCACAGCGAAGCGAUGCUGAUCAUGGUUUUACUAGGAUAUGGGCAAUGAAAUUGGAAGGCCUCUUUCUCUGAGCACUUCAGAACUUCAGUUCCAUGAGUAAGAAACAAUAACAUUUGAUGGCAUAUAUUAUGUAACUAUGAGUAUAUCUGUGUCGUGUUCAUUCACACAAAAGCACACACAGAGGCAGAAUGCUAGUUUGGACUCUGUUUAGUCGCCAUGAACAUACUGAUACUCACUGAUGAGUAUCAUCUCUCCCUCCUGUCCAGCCUCGUCUAACACGGGCCAGGCCUCUAAAUCCCCUCAAUAAAGGAGUGGGGGAUUAAAACGAGGAGCUAAUCAUAAUAGCAGCUCACAGACUGCAUGUGUCCAAACUGGGAGAAGACGAGGGAUCAGCCACCAGCAACAUAUACUAUGCACACACGCAAGGAUGCUUGUUCGCACACACACAUGCACACAUUUAUGAAUGUAUGCACACACACAGAGACAGACACACAAGCACAAACACAUAUGUAACAGAACUGUUACCAAACAUAGGGAAUGGUUUAGGGGUGUGUAGCUACUUUAUUAUUACCAGAUAAAUGGGCCAAUGAGGGCACAAGGUUUUUGUGUGAGGUGGUCAGAUGGUGGGUGUCUGCUCCUUAUGUGCACCCCACUUUAAUCUGCUUACGUCUGGACACUGGUGGGGUGGAGAGGGCUCAGGCUGUAAGCGAGGUGGGCAAAUUGGUCUACAGUAAAAAAAAAAAAAUCCCUCUUCUACAUUUGCUUUCACUACACUCAGUUCAGGGGAAUUGCACAUGCGUUUGUAGACUAGUUAGGUUUGUGAGAUGCUACAGUAGAGUGUGGGGUAAAUGUGACAUGGUUUAAUGGGAUAUGGUUUAAUGGGAUAUGGUUUAAUGUGAUAUGGGGUUGACUGCUGAUAUAUACAGUAUAUAUCUUUGUUUCAGGAUAUGGAAUCUAGGAGAGAGCAGGCUUCAGCUCUCUGUGAGGAAUGGAAAAGAUGGUCCACCCUCUCGCUACCCUUCAGUGAGACACCUUGACCAGGAGGUCAGUGGAGGAGAGGGUGUGUGUGUGUGUGUGUGUGUGUGUGUGUGUGUGUGUGUGUGUGUGUGUGUGUGUGUGUGUGUGUGUGUGUGUGUGUGUGUGUGUGUGUGUGUGUGUGUGUGUGUGCGUGCGUGCGUGCGUGCGUGCGUGCGUGCGUGCGUGCGUGCGUGCGUGCGUGCGUGCGUGCGAGCGUGCGUGCGUGCGUGCGAGCGUGCGUGUGUGAGAGCGAGAGAGAGACAGAGAGAAAGACAGAGAGAUACAGAGAGAGAGCGUGUCUGUAUGAAAAUGACACUUAUCACACUGUAAAACUCCCAGCGGAUCAAGUGUACAUACAGUAUUAGCACUUGUGAGUGUAAAUGCAUGGUGUCAAUGGUGCCAAACGUCAACAUACCAUUUUAUGUAAAAGCUGUUAUAUCACAUUAAUGAUACAGUAAUACUCCACUACAUUUUAUUUUACAUGAGACAGCUGAAGUAUUCUAUUAUAUUCCCCUAGGUUGUGCUAUGGGGCAGGAGCAGAGAGGAGCUACACCACAGUAUAUACAACCAGCCCAUCCGUGACUGGGAGGGCCAGCCUGCACACAUGUAUGGUGAGAUAGUGCACUCCUCCCUGGUGUCUCUCCACAACAGCUACACACAGGUAACAUCUUUCUAUACCAUGCUCAGAUAUACUGUAGACGUCAAUCAUCACUCACUGUCCAGCACUCACUGUACAGCACUCACUGUCCAGCACUCACUGUUCCGACUCUAGUACUUCCAUACUGAUGUUCUGUUCAUAUGCUUUUCUUUGUUUAUGUUCCUAUAGGAGAAAAGUGAACACUAUCUGGUGCUGUUCUCCUUCCACUUAUUGAUCCUAUCUCUGGACCCCUCUCAUCAUGACUUUAUCUACGAGGUUGGUUCCUUUACAAAUGGGGAAAUACUGUAACGACACAGAUGCAUGUUGAACAUUUAACUUAACUAAGGCUAGUCAGUGUGUUGCUUCUUCUUUCUCAGGGCAUCCUGCCUCUCUCUGGACUUUCUUUCCAAGCCACCUCACUGGACUCCAACAUGCAACACAUAUUCCAGAUCAGUGGUGAGUCCUAUUAUCAUUAUGGAUCAAAAAGAGGUGCUGCAGCUUCAUAGUUCAAUAAAGCAAUUAAUACACAAGGGAGUUUGAUUUAUUGUGUUUUAUCACGGCUGUGCUAUGUUCAUAGGUAUGAAGCAAGCCAUCAGUAAAGGAUUUAAUUAUUGUAUUGAACAUCGCUAGCAUCUCCCUCCCACUAUUAGGUCCAAUGGUGGACUCCAAAGUCUUCACCUGUGCCAGUGCAGCAGAGCUGAACAAAUGGAUGCACCACAUGGAGGAGAGGAGAUACAAAUCCAUGAGCCAACCGCUAAGUCCCUCCCGCUGUGCACUGUCUUACCUGGUAAGGUAUUCAAUCAGCACACCCCCUAUAAGAACCACCCCCUUUUGCAGUAAAUUACAGAUCUUAAACAGAUGUGUCAUUGCUACAUCUAAAACUGUCUUAACAAUUGUGAGGUUUACUUUGCUUGAUCACAAAUUGAACAUCUAAUGAGCUAAAUAUAUCAUCAUGAAAGGACAUUUGUAAAAAAGUAUUAUCAUUGGCGAAAUGCUCCAUAUAUGAAGCUACAUUUCUGUUGUCAUUUACUGUAGGUACCCUGUGAUGAGAGCUGGAAAAAAGAGGAACUGAAAAAUUAUUUACUGCAAGCCCCAAUAGGGCACUGGGAAGGGGCCCCCAUCCAGCACAUGGGCCAGCCAGGAUUCCUAUCCAUGGUCCACAUCAUUAAUACACAGAGACAGGUAGCUAACACAACCCACGCUGUAACUUCUGUACUCACCACUACUCUGAAGUCCAUUUCAAGGGGUCUUGAUAGCUUAAUAGUUGUCAUAAUAGCCGGCAUGUUACGAUUGAAAUACAGUGGGGGAAAAAAGUAUUUAGUCAGCCACCAAUUGUGCAAGUUCUCCCACUUAAAAAGAUGAGAGAGGCCUGUAAUUUUCAUCAUAGGUACACGUCAACUAUGACAGACAAAAUGAGAAAAUAAAUUCCUGAAAAUCACAUUGUAGGAUUUUUUAUGAAUUUAUUUGCAAAUUAUGGUGGAAAAUAAGUAUUUGGUCAAUAACAAAAGUUUCUCAAUACUUUGUUAUAUACCCUUUGUUGGCAAUGACACAGGUCAAACGUUUUCUGUAAGUCUUCACAAGGUUUUCACACACUGUUGCUGGUAUUUUGGCCCAUUCCUCCAUGCAGAUCUCCUCUAGAGCAAUUAUGUUUUGGGGCUGUCGCUGGGCAACACGGACUUUCAACUCCUUCCAAAGAUUUUCUAUGGGGUUGAGAUCUGGAGACUGGCUAGGCCACUCCAGGACCUUGAAAUGCUUCUUACGAAGCCACUCCUUCGUUGCCCGGGCGGUGUGUUUGGGAUCAUUGUCAUGCUGAAAGACCCAGCCACGUUUCAUCUUCAAUGCCCUUGCUGAUGGAAGGAGGUUUUCACUAAAAAUCUCACGAUACAUGGCCCCAUUCAUUCUUUCCUUUACAUGGAUCAGUCGUCCUGGUCCCUUUGCAGAAAAACAGCCCCAAAGCAUGAUGUUUCCACCCCCAUGCUUCACAGUAGGUAUGGUGUUCUUUGGAUGCAACUUCUUUGUCCUCCAAACACGACGAGUUGAGUUUUUACCAAAAAGUUAUAUUUUGGUUUCAUCUGACCAUAUGACAUUCUCCCAAUCCUCUUCUGGAUCAUCCAAAUGCACUCUAGCAAACUUCAGACGGGCCUGGACAUGUACUGGCUUAAGCAGGGGGACACGUCUCGCACUGCAGGAUUUGAGUCCCUGGCGGCGUAGUGUGUUACUGAUGGUAGGCUUUGUUACUUUGGUCCCAGCUCUCUGCAGGUCAUUCACUAGGUCCCCCCGUGUGGUUCUGGGAUUUUUGCUCACCGUUCUUGUGAUCAUUUUGACCCCACGGGGUGAGAUCUUGCGUGUAGCCCCAGAUCGAGUUAGAUUAUCAGUGGUCUUGUAUGUCUUCCAUUUCCUAAUAAUUGCUCCCACAGUUGAUUUCUUCAAACCAAGCUGCUUACCUAUUGCAGAUUCAGUCUUCCCAGCCUGGUGCAGGUCUACCAUUUUGUUUCUGGUGUCCUUUGACAGCUCUUUGGUCUUGGCCAUAGUGGAGUUUGGAGUGUGACUGUUUGAGGUUGUGGACAGGUGUCUUUUAUACUGAUAACAAAUUCAAACAGGUGCCAUUAAUAUAGGUAACGAGUGGAGGACAGAGGAGCCUCUUAAAGAAGAAGUUACAGGUCUGUGAGAGCCAGAAAUGUUGCUUGUUUGUAGGUGACCAAAUACUUAUUUUCCACCAUAAUUUGCAAAUAAAUUCAUUACAAAUCCUACAAUGUGAUUUUCUGGAUUUUUUUUCUUCUCAAUUUGUCUGUCAUAGUUGACGUGUACCUAUGAUGAAAAUUACAGGCCUCUCUCAUCUUUUUAAGUGGGAGAACUUGCACAAUUGGUGGCUGACUAAAUACUUUUUUCCCCACUGUAUGUCACAAUAAGGCAUGUUGUCAAGGAAUGAAAAAGUCAAGAAUAUGUGAAAUUUUGUCAUUUAGAAGACACUCUUAUCCAGAGCAACUUACAGUAGUGAGUGCAUACAUUUUUCAUGCUUUUCUCUGUACUGGUCCCCCGUGGGAAUUGAACCCACAACCCUGGCAUUGCAAGUGCCAUGCUCUACCAACUGAGCCACACUGGACCAACUGGUGGCAGAAAUGGUGGCAGAAUGACCAAAAAACUGCAGAAAUCCAUUACAUCUCCAGCAAAAAGCCACAAAAGCUCAACAGCUGAUCAAGAGCUCAACAGUAUUUUAUGCAAGUGGUAAGCUGGGUAGGUGAAGCUAGCUAACCAAAAUGUACAGAGAUGAAAACUCACCAAAAGACACAAAUCCACGAAAAUGACACAACUGCUGCCGCCAUUGUAACUUUAGGGGCCGUAUACAGCUGGAUGGAUGACUUCCUGUAAGCUGCAAGGACUGGAUGAUGGAGGAUGAUGGAGACGGAUAACUAUUUAGGCAGACCCCAUUGAAUAGGCUGUGGUAACUAGUGACAACCCAUUGAAUACCGUUAGCCACAACUCAAGAACUGUCUGUCACUUCCUGUUUCAAUAAAGCUAUUAAAACACAAUUAAUGCAUUGGUAAAUCAGAUGACAGAUCAUUAGUUCCCAUGCAAAGAUUUUCUAUUAUAUUGACAAGAUAGUCGAAUGACCGCUCUAACAAUGGAAAUACAUGUCCUCAAAGAAAGAAGGCAGGCAGGAGGAGGCGAGAUCAGGUGGGACCAUUCUAGCCAAUGAGAGGGCAGAUACCCGUGUAAACAACAGGCACAACUCCGAUAUAAAGUUGUUUUUCUCAAAGUUGCCGAAAUGCCACGUGCAUACACUUAUAUCAGUGCAUUCAUAACAACCUAACCAUUACGAAACUUCUAUUCAAUCAAAUAAGCCUCACGUAGCAAAUUACUAAUAUUUUUUUUGUUGAUCAAAUUUGACACUCUCAUUGACCUCCAUACAAAAAUUCCUCAAUUCAUGGUCUUAUUUUCAUGGACAGAUUUUGGGUGGACUAAACCCUCUCGCUUCGCCUCUUCCUCUCUGUUCCCAGGUUAAUAAUGAAUGACAUAUUUCCAGAAUUAGGCAAACACCGUUAUGUUCUAAAACACAGAUUCACCACAUAUUAGAAAUGUGUAUAAAUGCCAUACAAAUGAAACAAUUACUCAGAAAAUAAUCCUACACUAGUCCAGUACUCUGUCACAAGUAUCUGCUACAUAAAGAAAAAAUAUAUAAAUAAUGCUAAUGUUAAUAAAUAUGCUAAUAGUAAUAAUAAUUAUCAUAGGGCUAAUAAGAGUACUUGAUUAUGCUAAUAGUUUUAUUGCUAAUGAUAACAGUAACUAUAAUGAUAAUAGUGGACUUGAGAUAAAAUAAAUACUGUGACAACGUUGAUCCAUUCUUGCAGGGACUUUAUGAGCGACUACUUGUACUCUUCCCUCAAGAUGUCCUCCUGCUCUCUGUGGAUAACAAGCGCCUCAGCGUCAAAUAUGAGGUACAGUCAAAUUAUGUUCUCUAGGAAACAAUGUCACAGUAAACACUGUGAACCUGGUGACCUUACCUAGUUUGCCUAUUGCCGCUAUACAGUAGAUGUGUGACAUUCUAAGAUGUACAGUUUAGAAGAUGUUGUAAUUUAUAGAGCUGAUCCAAUACUAACCUUUAUCAAUUCAAGAUAAAUGAUACUUCAACCUGUUUGUCAUAACACUUUAGGGUAGAUUGCCUCGGAAAAGCAUCACAGCCGUGGAGAGGUCUGCAUUACCUGGGAGGCUGGAGUUCGAGUUAACAGGUAAAAUACUAAACAGACAUACUGUAUGUCAUACUGCUCUAACAUGUUUGCAUAAUGAGGCAAAUUUACCCUAAAUUAACCAUAGAAACUACGACUAGAUCUGCAGCAAGUCAACUGUAUCAAGUGUUGCUGUUUACAGUGGUGAAGAGCAUUGUACUUCUAUUGUAUGUUGUGUGGUGCAGGUGAACUGAUGGAGCCGCUGCAGGUAUCCUGCACCUGUCCUGAAGACUAUCAGAACUGGAUCUUCCAGCUACAACAGGUGCAGUACCAUUACAGUCCCGUUAAAAAGGGAAAUGAUGGAACAAAGCUAAAACUGAUUGGAAAAACUGUGCGGCUAGCCUUCUGCCUAUAUAUAUCGAUUCCAAUUGAGCCAUACAUGUAUAUCCAUUUUGUGAAGAUGCAGGAUGCUAAAUAUGAGUUAGCUUAGCCUUGAACUGUUGUGGUAGCAGGUUCAUUUACAGAAGAAAUGAAGUUAACGACAAUAAGUCCCCAAAAGUAGUCCCAAAAUAUAAAAACCUAAAAAUUCAUUUAUUUUCUCAAUAGCUGGAAAAAAAACUCCAAGCUACCUCAAACCACACGGCUCCACCCCUCAUGCCAAAAAAACAGCGGAGCAAGAAGGAGUCCCAGGAACCAAUGACAGUAGCACCACAAGACUGA